GUACUAGUGUACUUGGCGAGUAUGUACUCCAGUUGUACUUGUACUGUAUUGAGAAACGGCCCAAGACUACAGUAGUGUCGCGCGUAAUAUACGUCAUCACUGUCAGCUGACUCACUGGCAUCAUGGUCACUGGAAGUAGGGAUGAGUAAAAGUUGUUGUAGAGCAUUUUUUGUUUGUUUUGGGUGAACUGUAUUUUAAGUGUUGACAUUUUUCCGCGGUUACGUUUAGCCUCAACAUGUGUCUUCAUGGCCAGUGAAUGAAACGCCACAGAGAGCGGGAGGGAGUUGCAGUUGCUGCAGCAGACAUGCUGUGGCAAACUUUCUUAGCUUUAGUGCUUCACGUCGCAGGAGCGUCCGGUGCGUCGUAUGUGAUCACAGCUGAUGUGGGGACACCAGUGGGAGAUCUGCGACACUUCUGGAGAAGCACUGGGUUCUGUCCUCCUCUCCCUCACACCCAGGCUCACCUGUUUGACCUGAGCGUUGAUCAGCAGAUGAACCUGGCCUACGUGGGCUCCGUCCCCCAUGGAGGAAUCCAGCAAGUCAGGAUCCACUGGAUGUUGGAGCUGGUCACUGCACGAGAUAUUAAAGGACAACCUCAGUACAACUUCACUAAACUGGACCAGCUGAUAGAACUCUUGUGGAUGAACGGACUCCAACCAGGUUUUGAACUGAUGGGCAGCGUCUCAAACUACUUCACUGACUUUGAGAAAAAAUCACAAGUGGUCGAGUGGAGGAAUCUGGUUUAUCUCAUCGCCAAGAGGUACAUUGAUAAAUAUGGCCUGGGAAGUGUUUCUCAGUGGAACUUUGAAACAUGGAAUGAGCCCAACAACCACGAUUUUGAUAAUGUCACCGUGUCCAUUCAAGGAUUUCUAAACUAUUACGAUGCCUGUUCUGAGGGUCUGCGCGCUGCCAGCACUCUCCUCAGGUUUGGGGGUCCAGGAGACUCCUGUCACUCCCCCCCACACUCGCCGUACUGCUGGGCCAUGUUGCAGCACUGCUACAACGGCACCAACUACUUCACUGGAGAGACUGGGGUCAGGAUUGACUUCAUCGCCCUUCACAAGAAGGGAGGAGGAUAUUCCCUGCCCAUCCUGCAGCAGGAGAUCGAGACGAUGAGGGAGAUCCAGGAGCAUUUCCCGCGCUUCCGCAACCUCCCUGUUUACAAUGACGAGGCGGAUCCUCUGGUUGGCUGGUCCAAACCUCAGGAGUGGAGAGCUGAUGUGACCUAUGCUGCCAUGGUAGUGAAGGUGAUAAACCAGCACCAGGAGCUGCUGCUCACCAACCCCAACAGCACCAUCAACUACACCCUGCUGAGCAACGACAACGCUUUUCUCAGCUACCACCCGCACCCCUUCACGCAGCGCACACUGACCGCUCGCUUCCAGGUCAACAACACGCAGCCUCCUCACGUGCAGCUCAUUAGGAAGCCCGUCCUCACUGUCAUGGGCCUGCUGGCUCUGCUAGGAGAGACUCAGGUCCUGGCUCAGGUGCUGAAUGUCGCAGGAACCGACAGCGGCACAGUGGGAGUUCUCGCCAGCAGCCACACGCCCGUGAUGUCCGGCGGCUCAGACAGCUGGCAGGCGACGGCACUCGUCUACAACAGCGACGACAACAGCAGCUCCACCGACGCUGAUGAUGUCACCAUCUCACUGACGGGACUGGCCACACAGAGGAGUCUCAUGUAUGUCACAUAUUACAUGGACAACAAUGUAAGCAGUCCAUACCAGCUGUGGAAGAGCAUGGGCAGCCCCGACUACCCCACAGCCCAACACUUCAGACGGCUCAGGAGAGCACAGGAGCCUCUCGUUGAUGGACCCUGGGAUGUUCCUGCAGGAGACACACUGUCUAUCAGAGCCAAACUGCCUGUUCCCUCUGUUCUCCUCGUCCAUGUUUGUGCCCUGCCCAAAGCUGUGCCAGACCAGGUUAAUGGAUUACGUUUCAUCGGGAUCACCAAAGGCCAAGUCCUGAUUAUCUGGUCUGACCACUGCGUUGAUUCCAAAUGUGUCAAGACAUUUGAAGUAGAGUUUUCCACAGACUGUGAAACAUUCAGCAGGAUAAACACACGAGACGUCAUUUUUACGUCAUACGUCCACUCACCAGUGGAUGAAGACGUCGAUGGUGUGUACAGAGUCCGAGCUGUGGAUUACUGGGGAAAGCCUGGACCGUAUUCCCUGCCAGAGAAGUAUUCAGAGCAGCACUAGCCCAGAGUCACGUCUGAUUGUAUUCACAUUAAUAUUGUUUUUUAUGACCUGUUUUGUACAAUGUAAAUACAUUUUAUAGAGAUGAA